UUGACGCAUGGUGUCGUUGGGACCCGUGUAGCUCGAGCCGAGACAUAGAACCAUGCAGCUGACAGCUUUCUGCCGAGGCUUGCUUGUCGCGGGGUGCUCUCUUUGGGUCACCAAUGCCAAGAAGUGUGGGAGCGGCCAGGAUUUGGCAGCGGACGGAACGUUGAGAAUUGGCAUCAUGAGAAAAAAGAAUUGUACCAAGAAGAGCACCGGUGGAGACCAACUGGUCAUGCACUACACAGGGGUACUCUUCAGGGACUGUCAGGAGUUCGAUUCCUCGCGUGAUCGUGAGCCCUUCACUUUCACCAUCGGUGUUGGGGAAGUCAUCAAGGGUUGGGAUGAAGGGCUUCUCGGCAUGUGCGAGGGAGACAGAAGACGCCUGACCAUACCGAGCGAUAUCGCUUACGGCGAACGAGGAGCAGGGCCGGACAUUCCUCCAGGCGCAACGUUGGUCUUCGAUGUGGAGUUGCUGAAAAUUGUUGACUGAUAGGUGGCACCACCCCCGGAGGAGAUGGAGAUGGAGGAACUAUGUACGGGGUGUCCGGCGGUCGGUAUUUUUUAUGGAGCUUCUGGGGGUUGGACAAAUGGUCACCCACCGGACUGCAUUUCUACAUUUGCGUGUGGAGUUUGUG